UAAGGAGAUCUAAAAAUGCACACAUGGGUUCUGAACACACUAUUGAUGGAGAAAGUUUUCCAUUGGAACUGCAUUUGGUCUACAGGAAUUCUCAUGAUGAAUCAGUGGAGAAAGGCUUAAUGCAUGAAAAUGGCUUGACUGUUCUUGCUUUUAAAUUCCAGAGAUCAGAUAAUCCAGGGAUGUUUAUUAAUGCUAUGGAAACCAUCAAGCAAAUUGCCAGGAAACAUCUUAGAAAGGCGCAUUCCAAGUUUGACAAAUAUGAUUUGCCUGAAAACACAAUAGCUGAAAUAAACCUUGUAAAUUUCCUUCCUGCACUACUUGAUGANACAAUUGUUCCGGAAUUUUCCGGAAAAAGGUUCCGGAAAACGUUGAAGACAUCUUGA